AUGCGUGGAUUCAACGUAGAGCUUUCACCGUGGCGAUCACGGCCGAUUGAAGAAUCGUUACAAUUGUUUGAGGAUAUGAAACGAGGGAAAUUUGAUGAAGGAGAGGCGACCUUGCGUCUGAAGCUCACCCUUGAAGAGGGAAAGGUCGAUCCCGUAGCUUAUCGAAUCAAAUAUGUACCACAUCACAGAACAGGAAAUCGAUGGUGUAUUUACCCAACAUACGACUACACGCACUGUCUUUGUGAUUCGAUCGAGAACAUCACACAUUCUUUAUGCACAAAGGAAUUCCAGUCAAGACGCAGCUCCUAUUAUGCUCUUUGUAACAUGCUAGACAUUUAUUGCCCUGUUCAAUGGGAAUAUGGAAGGUUGAAUAUGAAUUAUACUGUUGUGUCAAAGCGAAAAAUCAUGAAACUCAUCGACUCCGGUAUUGUGAAGGAUUGGGAUGAUCCACGACUAUUCACACUUGCGGCUUUACGUCGUCGUGGAAUUCCACCAGAGGCGAUUAAUACGUUUGUGGCCAAGUUGGGAUUGACAAUGACUCAAAUGGUCAUUGAUCCUCAUGCUUUAGACGCCACUGUCCGGGAUUAUUUGAAUGUCAACGCUCCGAGGACAAUGGCCAUUCUUGAAGGGUUGAAGUUGACUAUUGAAAAUUUCGACGAAAUGAAUCUCCCAUCGUCAGUGUCGGUUCCCGAUUUUCCCUCCGAAAGUAACUGCGAGAAGUAUCACGAAGUGGCCUUCGAUCGGGAUCAAGCGGAAAAAAGCUUCCGACGCCUCACUAAAAGUCAAUCCAUAGGUCUAAAAUACAUCGGAAUCGUUCUCAAUGUCGUUGAAGAGAUUUUGGAUUCUUCUGGAAAUGUCAGCGAAUUGUUGGUCAGGGCGGCCUCAUUGACCGAUGCGAACAAACCGAAGGCGUUCGUGCAUUGGGUAUCACGUCCGAUAUCUGCUGAAGUGCGGCUAUAUGAACGAUUGUGA